AACCACCGGCCGAAGGAGCAGCGUGCUUCUCAGGUGUCCUCUUCCUCGGGUCAAGGAAUUCAUUGUUUAGUUUGGAUGUGAUGCAAAUGUGCUAGAUUGGAGCGUGAUUUCGUGUCGUUACAGCCUGCACCUGUUCCUACUUUUCAAUGUGUGUCUCCUGAAGUUGUUUUAUUCGACGGCGGUCAGCUUCUGGACCGUGUUCAGCAGACUUCUGCCGUGUUGCACGACCAUGGGUUACGAUCUUUGCCGUUUUCAAGGCGACGUUGAUGAAGAGUUGAUCUGCCCAGUCUGCUCUGGUGUUCUGGAGGAACCCCUUCAGGCACCGCAGUGUGAGCAUGCCUUCUGCCAGGGCUGCAUCUGCCAAUGGUUGUCGCGCCAGCAGACAUGUCCUGUUGACCGGCAGUCCAUCACUGCAGCACAGCUUAAGCCCGUGCCGCGCAUUCUGCGAAACUUGCUGUCCAGGUUGCAGAUGUCGUGCGACAAUGCCCAGUUUGGCUGUAGUGCCAUUGUCAAGCUUGACUGCCUGACAUCACACCGAGAGACUUGUGAGCACAAUCCCCGGCGGCCAGUGCCAUGCGAGCAGGGCUGUGGCCUUGUCAUUCCAAAAGAUGAACUGAAGGAUCACAACUGUGUGAAGGAGCUUCGAUCACUGGUGCAGUCACAACAGCAAAGGCUCAAUGAGUUCCAGCUGGAGAUCAGAGAACAGUGGCGAGAGAUCAACUUGCUCAAGGAUUACAUCAGAUCAAUGCGGACAGUCAGCUCUCCCCUGCCUCCUGCUUUGGACUCCCUUGUUGAGCAAGAUGAAGUCAUGGGGUGGGCAGCCAAGCUGCAACGAGCGAGAGUUACACGUUGGGGCAGCAUGAUUUCAACGCCAGAUGCAAUGCUUCAAGCCAUGGUUAAGCGUGCCCUGACCGAGAGUGGCUGCCCCCAGCACAUCCUGCAGGUGCUAAUUGAGAAUGCUCAUGAACGCCGCUGGCCCCCAGGCUUGAGCACACUUGAGACGCGCCAGAUGAAUCGACGCCACUACGAGGCCUACGUCUGCAAGCGCAUCCCGGGCAAGCAGGCUGUUGUCGUGGUAGCAUACACCAGUUGUGAAGCCAACCACGAUGCCUUCAGUGGUGUAGCGGGUCUGUAGCAAGAAGUACCGACUUUUAAAGGUGGGCUGUUGUGAUCUGUAUCCUACAAGGCUAGUGUUGCUAGAAGGUUUGCCGUAAUCUGUGGUGCUAAGGGGACCAACAGGAAAAUUUACUUAGACUGUACUAUAAGUAAAUUACCCUACUACAGUACCAAAAAAGCCACUUUUACUGUUAGUGGAGGUUUGGAAAGCUAGAAAAGACACUGAAAUGAAAGGUGUUCCUGCACCAGCUCGAUGUGUCAUCAUAGAUUUUGAAGACGUCUGCAUGGUUUAGUUCCUUUAUCUGUAAGGAUGGACUGCAUAGUAUUCUAAAAAAGUCAAAGACUGAACUUGAAAAGUUUUCAACAACUUCUGCUGAACCACAAUGACCCACAUGCAAAAAAAAAUACCUUGUAAUCUUUGUGUUUGGCACAAAGAAAUGGAACUUCGACAUUCUUUUUCUUCUAGUAAUCAACUUAUUGCAGUUGAGCCUUGUUAUAACGAAGUCGCAUUGGCCAUGAAAAUAUCUUCGUUAUAUCUAACAUUUGUUGUAAGUAUACACGGAGAUAUCAGUGAAAAAAAAUGUGAUCAGGUUUAUGCAAAAGAAACACAAACAGAGUGCCUCUGAUGGGCCAACAAAGUGUCUCCUGCAGAUUUUGAUUGCUCUAUGGCAGCAUCUUGCACUGUGCCGAUACAAGCCGUGGGAACAACGAUAUGCUACUACGCACUGCUGCUAGAACACAACCGAGUGAUUGGUGUCAUCGUGCUGAAUCAGCACAUGGGCUUAUCAACUGCAAGUCGCUGCUGCCAAACUUUUUACAUACAUAGGGUACCGCAUGUGAAUCCGCACUCCGCUGCUACCGCAAUCAAUCUAGCAUGUACGUCUGAUCUAACUCUCAAUCGCCGAUAAAGUCUACGAGUGCAUAUUGACAGAAAGCUUCGCAUGUUGACUUGUCACCAGCCACCCUACCAGCCACAUUGCUUAGACCACUAAGCCUAACCGGUGCCGCUUUGUUGGAAGCAUGCAACCAAAAUUGCUGUUUUGUGCUUACUUGACAAGGCAGUGACUGUUCAUGGCUGCAUAUGUGCAGCAUUGCGUACACGACUCAUGCUCUAAACACCGUGCAGGAUCUAACAUUUUUGGUUAUUGCUGUUAUAGAUUGGGGCUAUGAGUGGCGAUGCCGCAGGGAAGUCUGAAUAAUCCCACAGGUCCAAAAAAUUGGCACAUCUAGAAAGUCUGUCACUGACUGUAUUAGAAAGUUUUGUUGCCAAAAUACAUAUUUUUAAGAAUGUGCAAAGAAAAAUUUUAUUUGCUAUAACUGAUACUGUGUUGGAUUUCAUGAUAGCAGAAAAGUACUCCAUUGAAUUGAAGCAUGACCAACCAAAUAUUAUAUUCACUUCCUUAUUUCCAAUAAUAUGUUAUAUCCUUGUCUGUAUAUUGAGGCUCUGCUGUACCUCGAAAUUAGCAAAAAUGCAGUUUUGAGAAAAUAUUUUAUCAAUUGAAUCUGAUUGAGUGUUUCAACUUAGUGUUCCUUUAAUAAUGCCUUUCAUUCUUGGUAUGGUUUCUUUGCCAUAUUUGCAGAUUUAAUGUUGUUACAGCUGCCGACUGAUUAUUCAGACUUCCCUGUGGCACAACUGCCUACUCCAUAGAUGUAUAAAUAACUGUCAUGGACAUUUUGGAAGCCAUUUGCUUUUUGUUGGCAAGUCGGCCUCUUGGCCUUCCACAUGCUGUUUGACCUCUGUGAAGCAAAUGUUGUCAAGUCUGCACCAAACCAUCACUGGUCGAGCUGAGUGGUCCUGGUGAGUGGCCCUGGCGAAAAUUGACAAUCAGCUGGCAUGGUGGCAAGUAGAAAGCUGUCAUGAUCGUAAUCAGUCAUUCAGACUUAGAUCACACACAAGAGUUAUACUGAUGGCUGUUAGGCAAUAUUCAGGGCCAUGUGUGCUUGGCCGGCAACUAUCAUAAACACCUACCGACUUUGUGUGUUCACUUGAUGGAAUCCUGAAAGCUAGCAUGUAGGCAGAAAGUGCCAGCAUCAUGCUCUCAAGGUAAUACGCAGCACACAUUUCACAGGAAAUGCAAGACAGUCCUAGGCCGACUGCAAGCUGAUCGUUAUGAAAGUUAAAGUAGAUAUGAUUUAAUUGAAGGAAACCAGUGACCAAAUGUGUUUGAAGUUUUCUGCACACUGCUGUAAAAAAAAAGUUCAUACUCAUAUUUUGGAUUGCCCAAUAAUUUGGACUUUUCCAUGUUGGCCCCCUCUGUUUCUGAAAAAUAGGUUGGCGUCUCUUAAUGCUAUGUUGUGUAAGCCGGCAUCAGGGACGUCUUGGCUUCGCUCAAAUGUGCACUCAAGAAAAUGUGUAGGGCGGUAACGGAGUUUGUUCACACAUUAAACUUUAGCUAUAUUUUACUUAGGAAUGUGAAAACUUAUAAGUUUGCUUUCAUUUUAUUGUCUUAUAAAUUUUAAUUUAAGUUGAAUAAGCAUAUAUAUUAUUAUGGGUGGCAAGCAGUGUUCAGCAUAUGUGCCUGCUUAUAAAUUGAUACAAAGAAAAAUUGGUGGCAUAUAAUGUUUUGCUGAAGAAAAUUCAUAUAUGCCUCAUUCAGUAAAUUCUGAGCUGCUGUACAAGAAAAGAUUUGCAUGCUUCUUCACGUUGUUCAGGAUGAGCUAGUACCAAAAGAAUUUUUAUAGUAAACAAAACCUCAUGGUUUAUGAAUGAAGCACUUCGUAUGAACUGGGAGCCCAUGAAUGCAGGGCCAGUAUUGGCAACCUGCAUGCAUUUCUGGCAUAUCUAUGUCCUAGCCAGCAUUCAGGGUAAGCAGUGCAGCAAGUGCCUGCUUGUUUUUCACCAACAUCUUGAUAACUGCAACUUGAAAAAAGCAAAGCCUGUGACCAGGUACCAACAAUCCAAUAUUAUGUCAAAUGUGCAUUAUAACACAGCCCCUCCGUGUAAGCAUUAUGAGCUCAUUCAGUCCGGUAAUAGGAGUGGUGCUUCGACAGCCUUUUGUACUAAUUUGGACAGUCGAAUAUAUUUUAAAGGGCCCAGAAACAGUUCGGGCAAAUUUUGUAGACGCGUAGGGUACAGCUAAAUUUAAUCAUUCGCACCACAAUAUGUGUGAAUUGUCUCAUAUUUAAGAGAGCUAUGAACGAUUACAGUUGCCCUACUCCAUAGCCAUGCAUUUUCUCCUCAACUCGUUCGCCGAGUGAUCAGGGCUAAGCUCCACCUUCACUGGCUAUGCGUAAUGAUGGCACGGUGUGUCGUCUACUUUUGGUUUUCUAGGAGCAAGCGCGCGAAUAGUCUCCAACCUCUCCGCCAGCUGCUUGGCAGUCAACCCCAAGCGAGAGCCAUCGAAGCAGCGUGCGUUGCGAGCAUUCUGUCGCAGUGCCGAACCUGUCUGGUAUUCCGGUAAUGACAGGCGAGCUGGGCGUUCGACGGAUGGUUGGAGGCAUAAACUCAAGCUGAUAAAGCAGAUUUAGUGUAGACGUACGUGAGUGGCCUGAUCGGUAUGCACGGUCCAGCCACCUGUUGGCACAGAGCUUAACCAGCCAAAGAAAGGGCUAAUAUUGCUCUAACCAAGUGUAAAACAUUUUAAACAUUUGCAAGAAACAGCAUGUUAACGAUUACGCUCCUGCAAAAAAAUUUACACCAGCAGCAAAGACGAAUACACUUCAUUACUGCUGCUGCGUUUAGUUGAGCUCUGUGCCACCAGGUGGCUGCACCAUGCAGAUCAUUCACAUUAGCGAUUCUGCUCAUCCUGUGAAACGGCACAGUCAAGCAGCCAGGCCCUGUCCCCUCGCUUGCGUUUACCCGAAUACCGAACUCGCGAAACCCUAUUGUGCUAGUAAUCCGGUGUAAAGUGACAGCUGCAAACACGCAAAUCCUGGUGCCGAUCGGAUAGCGACAGUCCGAUGCGCACUGCAGUCACUCCACUCAUCUGCUGCCUUGUAGUGGGACAUGAUGUCGCAGCUUGACAUAUUGCCAGUCGCUAUGUUUGCAGCCCACAAUCCAAUAAAGGCGAUUCAUAGUGCUCACGAAAAGACAGACCGACACUGACCGCUGAGCUCUCGUCAAGAGAAAGCACGUUGUAACACAAGCAGACGAUACUUGCUGUGUGCUGGAAGUGCUUAAGUGUACUGAGAAAUAGUUACUGUUACUUUUUUUUAUAGAAAUAAAUAAACUAACAUUCCAACUAUUACGAACAACAUUUGUUCACCAUAAAGUGGAAAGAUUAUCGAUGACACGCCUUGGGCAGCCACUCAGAUAGCUCGCCAUACUGACGUCAUUAGGCCAAUUUACGUCAAAUUGGUAGCGGCAGCUGAAAAUUCAGCCAAGAGUGUGCUGUGAUCGGCAGCAAUGUACAUUUUUAAAACCUUAUAUUAAAUUACACGCUUUAUGCAGAGCACUUGGAUGCGUCAGUUAAUGAUCAGAAGGACCUACUUUAACGGCUCGGUACGUUUCUACAAAAUUGUAAAAAUCGUUUCAGAAUCCCUUUAAGAAUUUAAAAUUUUAAUUAUACUUCAAAUUAUCAGCUUGCCAGAUUGGCACUUAAGAUUCUUACUUUCUUUCAGCUGAUAAUGCAGUACUGGCAAUUUCACACUGCUGGCAGCUGUUAUAGUUCACUGUAGCUGUACUCAUAAGGAGCUCAAAUGCAUUGUUGGCUACCGUUUCAGCUUUCAUGCAUCAGCUGUUGAUUGUAUUGGCUAGCUUUGUAUUGACUAGCUUUGUGGGAAAUAGAUCACACAACCUUGCCUAUGUUCAUUUGCUUGAAUGUUUUAUUGACAGCAUCUGCAAUUGGUAUGCACCGUGUGCUGGCAGCAGUGGCUAGCCUUGAGCAGGGUAAAGCAUGCAAAUUUGCCUCUAUUUUGACACAUGCAUUUGCAUCUCUUGUCAUUCAGUUUUUUUCUGGUGAGCUAGACUGUUCCCUGUGGAAUGUGUGUUUGACAGUGUCAGCCCCUUCAUGCUUUUAGGUCAUUAUGUUAAAGCCCAUUCUCCUCUUGAGGAAGAGUGUUCAUGUGAUAUUGGGUUUUUUUUUUAGUGUUAAUGGGCAUACAUUAUAUCUCUCUGCCGCAUUUUUAUUCUCUAGUUCCAAGUAACUUCUGAGCUGUUCACUAAAAUGGUUCAGAUUGCUCAUCUGGGUGUGGCUCCUGAACUCACACUUUCUUGCCCAUUUUAUUCUGGAGGUUAUGCCUCGUUUGCUAAGUGUUUUAAUAGCAUUUUGUGUAUUCAAAUGUAGAGGGGCAGUUGCAUCUGGAAUGCAUUAUGCCUGUCUACAGUGUAACACUGUGCCCUUGCGGAGAGCGUAGCUAAGCGGCUGCUGGUUUACAGUCGGAGUCUGUAUUGUGCGAAGAGCAAACUAACUCAGCUUUGUGUAGUUUGCUCUGAAGAAGCUGUGAUAGAAACCAGUAUGGUUGCAUUUUUGAGAGUCGAGAUGUUACAAUUGUAUAGAGAAUGGCCAAGCAACCAGCAUGGUUGGGUGCUCUAUUCUGGUCUCCUGGACUGCUGGUUCAUGUAUGCCCUCAUUGCUCCUGCAGCUCCUGAGGUUGUUCUCAUGUGUUGUCAGAGGUCUGUAUGAGAUCAGGGUAGUUUCUAUGCAAAUUGAAUUGCCUAGCAAGCUCCCUAUUUAUUUUGCCCUGUUGGUCUGUGAGAGAGGAGUGUGAUCAUGAUGAUAAUGUAGAUAGUGCACUAUGUUCAUUAUUCCCCCCUUUUUUAUGUGUUCUUUCUUGUCUAAGCAGUGAUGUACAGCCUCCAUUGUUGGUGUUGCUAUUUUUACGAGCUCAGUGAGCCUACUGUCUGUCCUCUCUUGUUUUUAUUAUUACUGUAAGGCAGCUAAAAUGAGAGUAUUCUACCAUGUUUCUUGCAGCCCCUGAAUAUCAAUAUGUGUCAGGCUCAACAUUCCAUAUAGUUUCUUUUUAAGAUGAAUCUCUUAGACGAAUGUGUGGUUGCUGCAUUUCCCUCCCUCAUGUGUGGGUGGUCUCCUCUGAACAUGGUGUUUGGACAUAAUAGUGAACUUCCUCUCUGCCCAUGCUCCUUUUUUUAAAAUUCUGCUCUGAUGCUCUAUUCACUACUGAUCACCGGUUAUGUCAGACUAUUUAUUCUGGAAGUAUAUUUACGACUAUUUUGUUCACAUAUAAAAAAAAGUAUUGCGUUGUCUUGUAAUAAAUGCUUUGAGAGAAGACGGA